AUAUUAAGUAAGAUUCGUUCCUAACCGUUUAAAUAUGUAUAUCAGAGUCCAAUGGUAAUUAACAGGUAGGAACAUCUUGUUGUUGGACAAUUUACAUAUUAUCAACGUGCAAUUCACUCUCAAUGACAACGCCAAUGACAACGGGCGUUCGUCAAACUAAUACUUACGCGUUCAUAGUAAUAUUUGCUCAUGCAUGUUAUUUAUCGUUAAUAUUUUACAACCAAUUAAAAAUUAACGCGCAAGAUCUACUGUACAAUUUUACUAGAACUUCUAAAAGACUUAAAAGAACGAGAAAGAUGAGAUGUUGCUAAUGGGAUAAGAAUCAAUCUAUAAAAUUAUUGAGAGUUUCUAAGAACGAAUUGUUAAAAUAUUACGCUUGAACAAAACGUUCUGAGAGUUAGACAAGGAUAAAUAGAUAUCAGAUAAGUAAGAAUAGAAAUAACAUUUUACUACACGAUAAAAUUAUCGUCGUGAAUUAACUUUUAAUACAUUAUAAUCAUUCAUUAUAAUGUUUAUCGCUCUUGACAUGAUCAGAUUAGUAGUUAACUCGUUCCGUGCUCGUCAGACAAUUUAAAGUACAACUUGGAAAUAUAUUGUGCUACGCAAUGCAUUCUACAUAAUCGUAGAAACGAAUUUGCAAGUAACACGUUCUAUGUACAUCAUCGACAGUUACGACCAAUACUGCAGGUCAAUGAUUAACAGUUCUUCGGUGCAUAUAGUUCGUGGAUCAGUGAGAAAUUCUUUUAAACAAUAAAAAAAAUAUGAAAUGUUAAAAAAUAGAGAAUAUGAAUUAACGCGUAAAUUAUUUAUCUGACUUAGUGAAUAGAUAAAAAAUUAGGACUGUCAUAUGUAAAAGGAUAAAUAGUAGCAGAGUCAAAGAAUAGAUACCGAUUGUGCAACAAGUAAAAUCGAAAAGUUCGAAUUUAUCAACGAGUGCCGGGCAUGCAGCCAGCUGCGUAAUCUUCCCUUCUCAAAUAUACUGAACUUCGUUCAUACGCGUUUAGUAUUUUUAUAAAUAAAUUGUUCCUUUCUAAGAAAAAGAAGUUCAAACGAGAAAAAGGAAAAUGGAACAGUUGAGAGUAGUGUUCUAUUUGCUAUUGGCAAUCUCCGUGCAGGCGAUCGACGCCUCUAGGAUCUUAUGUGUGUUCCCGUACAGCGGAAGAAGCCAUUAUCAAAUGUUUGAGGUGAUCUGUCGAGGGUUGGCCGAAAGAGGACAUCGAAUCGAUAUGAUCGGGCAUUUCCCGACGAAGAAUUCGAUCGCCAAUUAUACGGACAUUAUCGAUUUAAGCAAGGAUGCCAAGAGCGUGGUGAAUAGCCUCACUGUGGACUUCGCGAAGCAUAUCGGACUAUGGGUCACUUACUACCAAUCUACGAAAUUUGGUAGUGCCCUAUGCGACUUGAUGGGCACUGAGGACAUGCAGAAAUUCAUUAAAAACCCACCUAACGAUCCGCCGUACGAUCUUGUGAUCACUGAGUAUUUCGGAUCACCCUGCUACUUAGGUUUUGGUACGCUUUUAAAUGCACCAGUAGUGGUGGGAAUAUCCUUCAUGCACAUGCCGUACGUCGACGAUUUCAUGGCAAAUCCCUUCAGCUACGCAUCCUUUUCGAACUUAUACACCGACAAGCCCGUCAUCGAAACGUUUACCGAUCGCUUGUGGAACUUCAUCGUCAAUUAUUGGGAAAUGCAGAAAUUUUACUCCUACACGUCCAAUCAGAACGAGAUAAUGAAGAAGUAUCUUGGUUUAAGCGACAUCCCCGAUGUUAGAGAACUAGAGAAAACCGUCUCUCUGGCCCUAGUCAAUUCGCAUUACAGCUAUCACGGAAUUAAGCCUAUCACGCCAGCCGUUGUCGAAGUUGGAGGAUUACAUAUUAUUGAUAGAGAUCAGAAAAUAAGCUCGGAACUGAAAAAUUGGCUGGACUCAGCGGACCACGGAUUAGUAUACUUCACGUUAGGCUCGUUGAUGGCCAUUGAAAGCCUACCAAGGGAGGCCCUACUAGCGUUUUACGCAUCGUUCGCAAAAAUCGCACCGGUUAAGGUUCUAGUGAAAUGUUCGAACACUACCAAACUGCCUCCCGGUUUACCGAGCAACGUGAUGACGCUACCCUGGAUCCAACAGAUUGCUGUAUUGAGGCAUAAAAAUACACGGGUAUUCAUAACGCACGGCGGCCUUAUGGGAACCCAGGAGGCACUCUACUACGGAAUUCCCAUGAUAGGGAUACCUGUGUUCUAUGACCAGACAAAGAACGUGAGGAUAAUGAUCAACAAAAACAUGGCCUGGAUGCUGAACCACGAAAAUAUCAACGAAGAGACUGUGGACGCAGCCUUGAACGCUCUUCUCAAGGAUCCCAAAUACAGGGAAUCUGCGAAAAGGAAUUCUAGAAUGUUUAGGGAUCGGCCAAUGAGCGCAAAAGAGACGGCGAUGUACUGGAUUGAAUAUGUGAUCAGAAAUGGACCGGAUAGUCUGAGAUCACCCGCAGUGGUUUUACCCUGGUGGAAACGGAAGAUGCUCGACGUGUUCGCCUUUUUAAUAGUCUGCUUCGUUCUCGCUAUUAUCGUUUCAGUACUCCUACUGGGAAUUUUAUUCAAGGCUUUUUGUAAAUAUAAACGUGACAAUGAAAUGGAGAAGAAAGUGAAAUAAGAGACGAAGAAAAUUCACGUCCUUUUUCAAAAUACAGUUAAAAAAGGCGAAGUUCAUAGUCUCUCUUUUAGGAGACGUAUCACGUUGUAUUAAAUUAAAAUAAACUGGA